AUGAGCGAGGUGGAGGCGGCAGCGGUGGCGACAGCGGCCCCCGCGGCGACCGUGCCCGCGACGGCGGCAGGGGUGGUAGCAGUGGUGGUACCGGUGCCUGCAGGGGAGCCGCAGAAAGCAGGCGGCGGGGCGGGCGGCGGCGGGGGCGGAGCCGCCUCGGGCCCCGCUACUGGGACCCCCUCGGCGCCGGGCCCCCGCAACCCUGGCAAUCCGGCAACGGCGGCCUCGGGGACCCCCGCGCCCCCGGCCCGGAGUCAGGCGGACAAGCCGGUGCUGGCAAUCCAAGUCCUGGGCACUGUCAAAUGGUUCAACGUCCGGAAUGGUUACGGAUUCAUCAACAGGAACGACACCAAGGAGGAUGUCUUUGUUCACCAGACAGCUAUUAAAAGAAACAACCCCAGGAAGUUUCUGCGCAGCGUUGGAGAUGGGGAGACUGUGGAGUUUGAUGUCGUGGAAGGAGAGAAGGGUGCAGAAGCUGCUAAUGUGACUGGGCCCGGGGGCGUGCCGGUGAAGGGCAGCCGCUAUGCCCCCAAUCGCCGUCGGUUCCGCCGAUUCAUCCCCCGGCCUCGCCCGGCUGCCCCGCCACCCAUGGUGGCAGAGGCUCCCUUGGGUGGGGCGGAACCAGGCAGCGAAGGCGAGCGGGCCGAGGAAUCCGGGCAGCGGCCCAGACGACGGCGCCCACCGCCCUUCUUCUACCGACGGCGAUUUGUGCGAGGCCCUCGGCCCCCCAAUCAGCAGCAGCCCGUAGAGGGCACGGAUGGGGUGGAACCCAAAGAGACAGCCCCGCUGGAGGGGGACCAGCUGCAGGGAGAUGAGCGGGUCCCCCCACCUAGAUUCCGGCCCAGGUACCGAAGGGGCCUUGCUUCUCUCCCUAGGCCUUUCCGCCCCCGGCCACCCCAGCAGCCUACCACAGAAGGUGGGGACGGCGAGACCAAGCCCAGUCAAGGCCCCACUGAUGGUUCCCGGCCUGAGCCCCAGCGCCCACGAAACCGCCCCUACUUCCAGCGGCGACGGCAGCAGCCCCCUGUACCCCGGCAACCCACAGCCCCUGAGACCUCAGCCCCCAUCAACAGUGGGGACCCCACCACCACCAUCCUGGAGUGAUUCCAACUCAAAGGACACCCAGAGCUGUCAUCUGGUUUCUGCCAGUUUUUCCACCUAACCUGUACCCUACCCAUCACCCCCUCCCCCUUUCCCAGAAUUCAUGACAUCAGAACACCGGCUUUCCCCCCUUUUCCUUGAGGCUCAGUUGGGCCAAAGCAACAGCUUUUUGCUUUUCUUCUUUUUUUUCUCUCCCCUACCAAGAGUUGAAGGAAGAAAUCCAUCCUUAUUGUUCAGAGGCGCCAACUCCCUCCCCUAAAUCAGGCUGAGAAGGAACCAGCCCGCACUUACCUCCUCCUGGUUGUUUUGCUUUCCCACCCCAGUUUAUUUUUUAUUUUCCCUCUACCCCCCACAUCUGAAGCCAUUUUAUGAACUGUCAUGUGCCACCUGAGCCUCCAGUAAAAACAAA